UAUGAAUAACAAAAAGAAGUGCUUCCUCGAUCGGCGGCUUACUUACUGCCCGGCGAAAUCACACAGGACAGCAAGUUCCUAGUUUAGGGUUUUCCUUAGCGUUUGUUCUGACAAUCUGAUCGCAGAGAAGGGCAAAUAACUUUUUUUUAGAAGAAGAUAACGAAAUCGCUCAAGUUUAUAGGUUGUAAGGGAUAUGACCCAUACUUCUUACCUCACAGUUGGCAAGGCUUUGAAUUUUGGAGCUGGAGCGGUGCGAAGGUCAUUGAACUUUCCCCACAAGUUUUUUAUCAGGAGGAUUCAAAUGGCAAAUAAUAAUCACACCUGUAGCCUAAGAGGUGGCAAGGAGGAUUCAAGAGGUGCCUUGGUUGUUCUCGAAGGAUUGGAUCGUUGUGGGAAGACCACACAGUCCACUAGACUGGUUGCAAACUUGGAGAAGUUAGGGCAUUCAGCUGAAUUGUGGCGGUUUCCUGACAGAACUACAAGUGUUGGGCAAAUGAUAUCUUCUUAUCUUUCCAACAAAUCACAACUGGAUGAUCAUACAAUCCAUCUACUCUUUAGCGCCAACCGUUGGGAGAAGAGAUCAUUAAUGGAAAGCAAAUUGAAAAGUGGAAUCACCCUUGUUGUUGACCGUUAUUCUUAUUCAGGGGUGGCCUUUUCAUCUGCCAAGGGGCUUGAUAUUUCGUGGUGCAAGGCUCCGGAGAUUGGGUUAUUGGCUCCAGAUCUUGUAGUGUACCUUGACAUACCACCUGAAAAAGCUGCUGAAAGAGGAGGCUACGGAGGUGAGAGAUAUGAGCAGCUUGAGUUUCAAAAGAAGGUUGGCCAAAACUAUCAGGUCCUCCGUGGUCCCACUUGGAAGAUCAUAGAUGCUUGUUCGCCGAUGGAGGACAUUGAGGAACAUUUGCAAGAGAUGGUAUUGGAUUGUGUAAAAACAUGCCAAGAAGGGAAACCCCUCUCAUGUCUCUGGUCUUGUUAAUUUUCUUGGGGAGACGCAUGCAUCUUUACCAGGGUUGAAUGCAUGUAUACUAGUGAGCUAUGCCGAUUGUUAUCUUUCGAGUAUUUCAUCUCUGAUUGUAACUUGAUAAAUCUUGCAUUUCAAAAUUAGAUUCAGUUUUUCUUAUCCAUUAACACCAAAACAGGGCUUAUCUUAUUACUGGAUCACACUAAGCUUUUGACUGAAAUAGAUGAGAUUGCAAAUUUGCUUGCUUGAAUGAA